CCGGUGCCUCUGUGGUUAUUUUGUGAUUUGGCAUCUACACGAGUAGACGCUAUUUUUUGGAAUUGUAUUACGUCGCCAUUUUGAAAGUGUUAGUUUGGUCCAGCACAUUAAUUGAAAUAUUUUUGUUGCCCUUGAUUAAAGUAUAUAAAUUGUACAAAAAUGAGUUAUGGAAGGCCGCCACCCCGUAUUGACGGGAUGGUUUCCCUAAAAGUGGAUAAUUUAACCUACCGAACAACACCUGACGACUUGCGCCGCGUUUUCGAAAGAUGUGGAGAUGUUGGCGAUAUUUACAUUCCUAGGGACAGAUAUACAAGAGAAAGCAGAGGAUUUGCUUUCGUUAGAUUCUUUGAUAGACGCGAUGCUGAAGAGGCUUUGGACUCGCUCGACGGGCGCAUGUUAGACGGGAGGGAACUGCGUGUCCAGAUGGCUCGCUAUGGAAGACCGUCAUCACCCUACAGAAGCCGCUACGACCGUCGCCGCAGCAAAUCCCGUGGUGGUCGCUCCAGGUCUAGAUCCCGUUCUCGGCGUCGUUCAUACUCACGCAGUCGGUCUCGUUCCCGUGCCUCCAGAUCAAGGUCUCGCUCAGACUCUAAGAGCUCCAGGGGGCGUUCUCGCAGCCGCUCCAGGUCACGCUCAAGAUCCAGGCAUUGAAGUUAUGGUUGAGUGUCGAUCAUGAGCUGAGCUGAUAUUCUGCACUUGUCCCAUCUUAAGCAGUCUCGGCUAAGGUACUAUCAUUCUUCAAUUAUAAUAAGCACUCAGACAUAACUAUGACGAACAUAGUGGCAAACAUGUAACAAAAUCUUUUAGUUUUUAAGUUAUCUUUUCAUAUUGUACUUUGAGGUUUUUAAAAUAAUCUCAACUAAAGCUGUAGUUGUACCUUAUAAGUUAUUACUUCGGAUGUUGUAGAAAUCAAAUUCAAUUCUUUAUUAUUAUGUAUACUUACUAACAGUUUAUUACGAACUUUAGAAGCUUUAUUUCAGGAGAACAAAAUUUUGAGCAUCUUAUUGUAAAUUGGAUGAUAAAAAAGCAACAAUAUUUGGUAACUACUCAAAAACAUGUUUUUACAAAUUGUGUAUUAAUAAAAUGAACAAAAAAGGUCAAAUAGUAAUUAUUUGAUUCCUUGAUUAGCUUAAUGUUCUCUUACCGUUAAGUAAAAGUAAUGAAUUAAUUUUGAUGUUGGUAUGCUCAGGGCGUGGCGAGCGCGUGGAGCGAGGCAGUGCAGGGGGGUGGGUUUGCUGAUUGCUGACAACUGCUGAAUUGCUGUUGCAGUACAUAAGUUAUGAGUAAUAUUUUAUAAUUAUUGACAAACCGAGACACGCAUCGGCUCUUAGGGGAGCCAUCCUCAUUUCAUUUUCAAAUAAUUCACAAAAUGCAUUGUGUUAAUACCAGUUGAAUAUUAGCACAAUCAUUAAUGCCAGUUAAAUUUCAUUAGUUCUGUCAAAUAACAUAAGCAGAGACUAACAUUUUGAUUUGUUCGGCAGGCCGGUGGUGCCGCUGGCCUGUUUGCUGAUGCAGUUUGCUGUGCUGUUUCCUGUUGUUUGCAGAUCGCGUCUAGGUUUUUCGGUAUAACGGGACCCCCUCCCUGCUAUUUUAAGUACUUUCAAAGGUCACACUAUUUUAAGGAAAAGGUGCAAUACGGUAAAACAUUCAUCUGUCAAAUUGAUCACCUUUUCUUUAAAUUAUGUUCAAGAAAGAAGUUGCAACAGUUGCGGACACAAUUAAUGUACCUAGGUUUAUUUGAAGCUCUUUUUUCUUUUAAUAAAGUAUUAUUAGUAAA